UAUAAAAGAGGAGUGACAUAAGUUCGCGCCCAUUUCUCCGGUAACGCGUCGAUUGUUCGAGAGGAAGCGCGACGAAUUUGACAGGAUAACAAUGCCGGACACAGCUGGAAAGGUUAUUAAAUGCAAAGCAGCAGUGGCGUGGAAAGCAAAAGAGCCUUUGUCAAUAGAAGAAGUUGAAGUAGCGCCACCAAAGGCGCGUGAAGUUCGUAUAAAGGUAGUGGCAGUAGCUCUGUGCCAUACGGAUGCUUAUACUCUCGAUGGAUUAGAUCCCGAAGGAGUAUUUCCCUGUAUAUUGGGACAUGAGGGUAGUGGCAUUGUUGAAAGCGUUGGAGAGGGUGUUACUGAGUUUCAACCAGGUGAUCAUGUUGUGCCACUUUAUAUUCCCCAAUGUGGAGAUUGCAAAUUCUGCAAAUCACCGAAAACAAAUUUAUGCAGUAAAAUUCGCGACACCCAGGGCAAAGGUGUGAUGCCUGAUGGAACAAAGCGCUUUACCUGCAAGGGAACACCCAUUGCUCAUUUUAUGGGAUGUUCUACAUUUUCCGAAUACACUGUUGUGGCAGAUAUCUCCCUGGCAAAAAUCAAUCCUAAAGCACCAAUGGACAAAGUUUGUCUCUUAGGUUGUGGAGUAUCCACAGGAUAUGGCGCAGCUUUGAAUACCGCCAAAGUAGAGCCUGGUAGUACUUGUGCUAUUUGGGGUCUAGGAGCUGUGGGUCUUGCGGUGGCACUCGGCUGUAAAAAAUCCGGUGCAUCUCGCAUCAUUGGAAUAGACGUUAAUACAGCCAAGUUUGAUCAAGCCAAGAUAUUUGGCUGCACGGAAUUCGUCAAUCCUAAGGAUCACGAUAAACCUAUUCAGCAAGUGUUAAUCGAAAUGACUGAUGGCGGAUUAGAUUAUACAUUUGAAUGUGUCGGAAAUGUGAACACUAUGAGGGCUGCGUUAGAAUCUUGCCACAAAGGAUGGGGCACAUCCGUAAUAAUAGGAGUGGCUGCAGCUGGAGAAGAAAUCAGAACCAGACCGUUCCAAUUGGUCACCGGCCGAGUGUGGAAGGGAAGUGCAUUUGGCGGAUGGAAAUCAAAAGACAGUGUGCCGAAAUUGGUGGACGAAUAUCUGUCGAAACAACUGAUGCUGGACGAAUUCGUCACUCAUAAGUUCCCAUUUGCCGAUAUCAACAAAGGAUUUGACAUAUUGCAUUCAGGAAACUGUCUGAGAAUUGUUCUUGAAUACUAAGAACGAUUACUAACAAAGAGAUCCAAUAUCUUCCAUGAGACAAACUACCAAAAACAUAUAUUUUAUAAAUUACAAAAUAUAUAUAUAAGACAAAUAAGCACAAUAUAUUUGUCUCCUUUUUUACGCAAACACUUUAUAUUGAAUCUCUGGAAACCAAAAGGCAAUAAAUGAACAUUUAUAUUUA